GGAAACUCCCUGUUUCCUUUGCCGUCACAUUUCUCUAACCACGCGCGUGUGAUUCUGGCGCUGGGAACGAGAUUACGCGCUUUGUCCUAGUAUGUUGUUGCGGUUUUUGAAAUACAUGAUCUCAUGAUUUUCGGCCCGGUACGCGGCGCCGUAGCUCUCGCCUGUCUCCCGGGUCAGCAGAAGCGCCGGCAGGUUUCACGGUCUCCCAAGACAUCGACGCUCAAAGCAGAGGCACGAACGCCUGAGUGGCAGGAGUGACACGACAAGAAGGGAAAGGGAGGAUGGCAGCUCUAAGCUUGGGGCUCAGUGGAGUCCGGAAGAGGGCUGCCGCUGGCCGCGCAGUGGAGAGGAAAAAUCUGAUUACCGUCUGCAGGUUCUCUGUGAAGACAAUGAUUGACCGCUCGUGCUUUGACACUGUGGAUGACUUGUCUCCCGAAUUCACCAACUUUGUGUCCAUCCUUGAGCAGAUCCUCAGUCAUCGGCUCAAAGGGCAACUGAGCUGGUUUGGAUAUGAGAGUGCCAGGAGUUUCUGGGACUACGUUCGACUGGCCUGCAGUAAAGUCCCCCAUUCCUGCAUCCACAGCAUUGAGAGCAUGGAGAACGUACGCAGCUCCAGAGCCAAGGGUAGAGCUUGGAUCAGAGUGGCUCUAAUGGAGAAGCGUUUGUCUGAAUACAUCUCUGCCGGGCUGAGAGACUUCAAAACCACAAGGAGGUUUUAUGAGGAUGGAGCGAUCAUGUUGGGGGAGGAGGCAGGGCUGCUGGCUGACACCCUCAUCGGACUCAAUGCCAUCGACUUCAGUUUCUGUCUGAAAGGCGAGGGGCUGGAUGGAAGCUGCCCUGCAGUCAUUGACUACACACCAUACCUCAAGUUCAUCCAGACGUCGGACAGCAUCAGCAGCGAUGAGGAGGAGAUGCGGACGCUAGGCAGUAGUGGCAGCGAGGCCAGCACCCCAGAGUCCAACAUGGCUGCUGCACUCCUCAGCCAGCAGAGUAGCUGGUUCAGCAAGUGCAAGCGCGUGGAACAGAAGUACAGAGUGGCCCUGGAACAGAAGGGCUACCUGGAGGAGUUGGUGCGUGCGCGGGAGGCCCAGCUGGCUGAGUGUGUGUCUCAGAAUAAAGUCCUGAUGCAGCGCCUGUCAGACUCAGAGCUCGGCCACAAGCUGGAGAAAGAGCAACUGGAAUUCAUCAUUCUGGAGCUGCAGGACCAGCUGACGGUGCUGAAGAACCAUGACAUGCGCUCCAGGCAAGAGUUGACCGCACACCUGACCAAUCAGUGGCCUUCACCUGGAACCGUGGAUACUAACGCCGUUGCCCUGGAUACACUCUUGUACAGAAAACACACAGGACAGUGGGAAGAGAAAAGCUUUCAGAGUCUGGAGCAGCUUUCAACAGACAUGAGCCUCUCUCAGACAUCUCUUGAUCCCGCACAAACACACUCGCACACACACACAGCCUCGAGGGCAAGGCUGGUCUCACACACUGGCACAGAGAAGGUAAAGAGGACACUCCAUCAUUGCGUGGGCUUUGUGGCUCUCUGACGUCUGUGGGCAGUUUUAAGUCUCUGACCAGCCUCAAGUCUAGUGAGUGUUUGGCUAGUCCCACCACUGAGAUCACCAGUCCAGGACUGAC